CUCACUUCUGACCGAGAGCAGCUGCAGAGACCAGGAUAACCUGGAGCAGCAGCGCCCUUGUCACUAUGAAAGCCACUUUGCUGAUCUUUUUGUACCUCCUAACUGUUGCAGAGACUACCGGAAAACCCAUCUCACCUGAGGGACGGCUACCUAGAGAUUAUUUGGAAGAGGAGAACGAAGGUGGUGAUGAUGAUGAUUAUGAUGAUGAUGAUAACGAUGAUAAUACUCCUAAUGUUGAACAAAGUCCUGAACCUGAAAGAAUAUCUGUAUCCCAGACUGAUGAUGGAGUGGGCGUGUUAGAGAAGAGUAUGGAGAAAUUGCAGGAAAAAGCACAAGUCACCUCCCCCGAAGAAGAGGAAGAGGAGAGCUCUCAGGAAGAGCAGGCACUAGAAUCCAGACUUGGACCCCAUUACCUUACCCAUUCUGGACAGAGCCACAGUGAAGAACUACCUUUGCAUGUGUCACACAUGGCUGAUUUGCCUGAGAGGAACACAGCUCGGGAAAACAAUGAAUACUGUAAAGUACAUGUGGUGCUGGUUACGUCAAGGUUCUUCCUGGUGCAUACAGAGAAGUGGUCCUGUGAUACUUCUGUGUCUUACUUUGACCUUCUGAAGGGAGUUCCUGAUUCUUCUGUUACCUGA